GAAAUAGCUUAUACAAUAAGUAAAUUUAUAAAGUAAUUUCGGAUUUCUUACUAACAAUCAUGAUGCACAAAUAUCUAUAGAUACAUACGUACCAGCCAAAAAUAUUAAAAUUUGACGCAAAUUUAUGUCUUAAGGCAUAAAUGCACCACAAUAUGCAUAAAUCUGUGGUAAUAAAUAUUCUUAUAAUAAGAUUAAUAAAGAAAACACCUUUUCAUAUAAUGUUAUUUGCAGGGAAUAUUGGAUUAAAACGUAGUGCCACAAGUACUCCAAACAAAAAUGGUGUAUGUACAUCAAAACCAAAUUGUUCUAAAACAGUCGAAGAGAAUGUAAAUAAUGACGAGAUUCCAGUCUCACGUGAAGAUGAUUUUGAUUGUCAUGAUGAUAAAAAAAAAGAUAUGUCCGACAGGACAUAUGAGCCGCAUAUGGAUAUGGAUAGGGAUUCAUCUGAUUGUAAGUCAGUUUGUGUACACUCUCUUUAUACAUCAAUUACAACUUCUUUGAUUCUUUUUUACAUUUUAAUUUGGUUUUUCACAGAGAGUUCAGAAGCUGACGAAAACACAAGUCUGGAGAACAUAACUGAAGAGGAAAAACCAAAUGAGGACGAUCCAGUUCAAACAGAUACAGCCGCCGACACAGAUGGAAGAAGAACAGGCAUCAUAGCACUUUUGAAACAAAUGUAUGAAAAAACUAAAAAAAUAGAGCAAAGGCAGACAAACUUGGAAAACAAUAUCGAAGAGAUUAAGCAACUUCUACUUUCUAGAACAGAGACUUUGACUCACCCUAAAGAUUUACCAAAACUGCCUCUACAAGCUUAUGCUGAUUCCAAACACUUGGAGGGAAAAAUAAAUCGAGAAGAGUCACAGAAAGACUAUGUUAUUAAAAGAGUGUGUCUAGCUGCUAGAGGGACCAGUGAUAAAGAAUGCGCCAAGCGAGUGAUGGAAAAAUUAAUGUCCAAUCAUGUUGGUACCUUUUACACUUGGCAGGGAAGUGGCGGAAGAAAAGAUUCAUUUAAAAACACUGUUAUGAUGGAGACUGUAAGACAUAAGUAUCUUUUAAUUCUGUUAUGUUUAUAUUCACUCUACUCGUGCCACCAAAACUGUUUUUGUCUUCCGCAGUUGCAAUAAAGAAACUUCGUCAGCAUGUGGAUAUGGGUACUGCUGAAGACGCAAUAAAAGACUGGCUCAAAUCAAGAAAAUUUGCCAAGAAUAAUGCUAUUCCUAAUAUUGAAUAGAAUCUGAAAAAAAAUGUAUCCAUUUUAUUUUUAAGAUUUGUAAUAAACGUCUAAGUUAUA